ACGAAGCCAUCAAAGCCGACGCAUGUUCACCACGUCGUUGCUAAGAGCUGGAUGCGGUGGUUCGUCCCAGACUUCGUGAUUAAAUGCGUCUUGUGGUUUUUGACGGGCACCCAAGCGGGCAUGAAUCACCAUGUUGGUGCGUUGCCAAGGAAAUAUUUGGGAGGGCGUAUGUGUUCCUUAAUAAAUCUACUAAAGCGAUGCCGUACUUAAAUAGACAUUGGACAGGAGAACGAAAUUGGUUUCUGAAUGCGAUUGGGAACAGGUACAGUAUAUUGACCUCCCAGAGGACGCUCAGUCGGAAUUGGGUUGACACGUUUCAUAAAGGAAUCGACGAGACUGGUCGCAUCAUUUCCGAAGCAAGGAAAGGCAGAAAAGACUGGCGACGUAUGCAAGAAAAGGAAGUGAAACCGAAUUGCAUAAUAUACUACACUGGGUUAGUCUCCACUUUUCUUUACCAAAAUACAACUAAUAUCCUCAAAAGCUAUAAACAAACAUUCUCCUACCUCCAUCCCCCUUUCCCAACCUCAAACAACGCCAACAUCCGUAACAUCGUUUCUCCGACUCACCUCACGAUCGCCUACAUAGGCUUCGAGCGCUCUGGCGUCGGCGCAACCCCCCCCCCCCCCCAAAUCGCAGAACAGCAAGCAACGUGGUGGUUAUCCCUCAUUCUCUCCCGUAUGUCCCGUCAAACCUCAGCACCAUGCCGCCAUCUCCUCCCGCCCGUCCUCCAGAUUCCAAUAUGGCGUCGAUCACUCGGCCUACAUGUCCACCUAGCCAAAGACUUCGGCGGCGCCCCCUCUUUACUCAACCUAUGGAAAACCCAUGGGUGGAGAGUCCUCUUAACUUAUUGUUUUGGCCUGAGUCUUGUAUCUUUCUACAGGCUGAUCGGACCGUUUACAUUGCUGGUGCUGCGGAAAUCACGCGGUCGGAGCUUGAGGCGACGAUUUUAAGGAGAGGUUACUUGGGGAAUUUGUUUUUUGGGAUUAUCCAUCCCUGUGGUGUUUUAUGUGUGCUUGAAUGGUGUUGCUUGGCUGUU